AUCCCCCCGCCCCCCCAAAAAAAGCAUCACCAAGCUAGGCCUUGGGGGAUUCCUGUGGCUGGGGACUUCCUGGAUCCGGUUUGGUCGAGCAUUGCGGUACUGAAAGUCUUUGGGACGGGAUACUAAGAAAGUUACUUCUUAAAGAAGAUGUUGCUAAGUUAAUUUAAAUUGACUGUAUUACUCAAUGAACCCUUCAGCUGCAAUGAGAACUCAAUAGUACAUUUUUAGAUUCCCUGCUACCCCACAAUUUGCCAAAUCAAAAAAAUUAACUUUUCACAAGGAUACCACAGAGUCAAUCUUCGUCAUAGGACAAUUACUUUGUUAUCUGAAAUAUUACCUGAAUAUAUUCUAUUUGGUCCACCAGUGGAAAAGAUGCUCCGCUACUGGGGUGAGAUCCCUGUUUCCUCCAGUCAGACCAACCGCAGUUCUUUUGACUUGCUUCAGCGGGAGUUCCGUACUGUAGAGGUCCAGGAUCCUCCAUUGCAUCAGCCUUCAGCUAACAAGUCUAAGCCCACAACCACGCUUGAUAGUCCUUCAGAGCCCUGUAGCCUCACCAUUCAUACAGUCCAGCUAAUCCAACAUAACAGGAGGUUGCGUAGUCUCAUUGCCACGGCUCAGUCUCAGAACCAACAGCAACUGGAGGGUAUCAAAAUGGAAGGAAAUGAGCCUUUGCCAACUUGCCCUGGGUCCCCACCUCUCCCUGAUGACUUGCUUACUUUGGAUAGUAAAACACCCAAGAUGCCAUUCCAGUUGAGGCACAGUGAUCCAGAAAGUGACUUUUACAGAGGCAAAGGAGAGCCAGUAAUAGAGUUGAGUUGGACUUCUUGCCGCCAGCUUCUUUAUCAAUCUAUAGCUACCAUUUUAGCUCAUGCUGGCUUUGAAUGUGCCCAUGAAAGUGUUCUGGAGACUCUGACAGAUAUCGCUCAUGAAUACUGCUUGAAGUUCGCCAAACUGCUGCGUUGUGCUGUGGAUAGAGAAGCUCGGCUUGGACAGACCCCUUUCCCAGAUGUUAUGGAACAGGUCUUCCACGAAGUGGGCAUUGGCAGUGUGCUCUCUCUGCAGAGGUUUUGGCAACAUCGAAUUAAAGACUAUCAUAGCUAUAUGCUACAGGUUAGCAAGCAACUCUCUGAGGAGUAUGAAAAGCUUGUAAACCCUGAGAAGGCAACAGAAGAUUUGAAACCUUUGAAAAUCAAGGAAGAACCUGUUAGUGACAUCACAUUUCCUAUGAGUGAGGAGCUGGAGGGGGAUCUUGCAUCUGGAGACCAGUCCUUGCCUGUUGGAGUCCUUGGAGCACAGAGUGAACGGUUUUCAUCCAACAUGGAAACUGAGGCCUCUCCGCAAACUUCUGGUGGUGAGGUGAACACUUCUCCUCUUUGGAACUUGGCCCCGGUAAAAAUGGAACCACAAGAGAAUGAAGAAGGCAAUGUUCAUGGGCACCACGGAGUCCUAGGUGGUGAUGUAUUUGAGGAGCCAAUGUCAGGCAUGAGUGAAGCUGGGAUGCCACAGAGCCCAAAUGGUUCUGAAAGCAGUUACGGUUCUCAUUCCCCUGAUAGUUUGAUGGGCUCUUCACCAGUUUUCAACCAACGCAGCAAAAAGAAGAUGAAGAAGAUGUGAAUUAUAGCUGGGAAGUUCUGAGAAUGUGAACUAAUUCAGAAAAAUUAGGACUGUUAUCAAGAAAAUAAUGUUUUGAGUUGAUGGAUUUUGCAUGUUGUGAUUACUGUUCUACCUGAGAGACUUUCCACCAGCUGAAGGUUUAGAUGGCUUUCAGUGGAGCAAACACCAUACAGUAACAUUGGUUUGGCCAAAAAAGAGAGGUGUAAGUGACUUUUGGUGAAAAAAGAUCGACUCUGAUUACCCAUGGAAUCUUGUAAACCAGUGUAGUUUCUGGUUAGUUGGAUUUUAAGUAGCUUAAGCAAUGGUGCAAAUUGAAUUACUGAUAAUAAUUUAAUAAAUGUUGACAGUAUCUUUAACUUGAAGAGUGGAAACUAUGGAGGAGGCACGAGAACUGUAUGACGUUGCAAUGGAAAUCCAUAAAUUCCAUUUCACUUUUGUUACAUAUUAUACUUUUCAUUUUUGACUAUGAAUUUAUAUUUUGAAGAACAGGUUUUUAAUACAGAAUUUUUGUUCCAAUAUAAUUACUAUUACCGUUGGUUUUUGCUCAAAUUCAUGGCUGAUACCUGCUUUUCCUUUUAAUGAACCAAUUCGCCAUAUUUAAAGCUAAUAGAAACUGGUGAAUUUUAUGUAUUUAUGGUUUUUAUGUUGUUUUAUGUUUUUAAUAUUUUUAUAUUUUGUUGUAUAGUAUACAGAUUGCUUUGGUCUAUGAUUGGUGUAGUAAACAAACUUUAUGAACUAUAUGAAGCGCUUUUUUAAAAAAAAUGUGCAUAAUUUUAUUUUCUGUAUGCUAGUCUAGAAGGCCAAUUUACUCAGAACAUUCAUCCAGCUCUGCGUAUAAAUCUCCUAUGACUGAUUUCUUAAUUUUUUUGUACUUGCACUCUGAAUUGAACCUAAGUAGAGAGUAAAUUUUGAAAGUCAUGACAUUUUCAAAACUGUGUUUUUAGUUAAGUUAUUAUAUCAUAAUGUACUAUUCCUUUAGACGUUUUUGUUUGUACUGUUGAUGCGCAAUUCUAAAUAUAGAUGGACACUUUAUUGAUCUAUGGAGGGUUUGUAUGAUACAUGCUUGUUGAUUUUUUUAACCUACUCUUGAACAUAGUUUUUUAAAAUAAAUUUUCCCUUUUUUGAUCAUCUUUUGCUUGAUUUCCUAUGAUUUGAGGUUUCAAAAAUCUUUUUUAUUGUACCAGAUAAAGCUUAAUCUUUAAGACUUAAAUAUUUUCUGUAGGCUAUUGUUCAACUACUGACAUUUUAAGAAGUGCUUAAUUAAAAACGGACUUGAAAUGCG